UAGAACUGCACCAUAAGGUUUCUAAGGAGUGCCAGGUGGUUUCGAACUGCUGACCUUUCGGUUAGCAGCCAUAGCUCUCAACCACGGGGCCACCAGGGCUCCUUGUCUCUUAAAGGUAGUGGGAAAUGACUAAAAGGUUUUAAUCCACGGGGUAGGGAGGGAUUACUGAUCAGACUUGCGUUCUUAAGAGACCAUGCUGUUUUUUUGUGAAAAUCAGAUUGGAAGGGGUCAGGGGGAUUGCACAGGGAUCACUUAGGAACUUAACUGCAGUUUUAAAAAGAAAGAAAAACCCAUUGCUGUCGAGUCGAUUCCACCCCAGUCCUACAGGACAGAGUAGAACUGCCCCAUAGAGUUUCCAAGGAGCGGCUGGUGGAUUUGAACUGCCAACCUUUUGGUCAGCAGCGGAGCGCUUAACCCCUGUGCCACCAGGGCUCCUGCAGUAGACCAGGCUUUAUCCCUGGAGAUUUUUAUAGGUUGUUUCUAAUCCUCGUAACCUUACAAGGAUGUAUUCACAAGCUGCUGGGUAUCUGUUAAAGCGUUUUGAAAUGGUUUUCAAAUAUAUUUCUUGACAAUUAAGAAGGAAAAGGUGACGUGGUCUUGUUUUCUCUUUUUGUCCAGAUAAGUAUGUGAAGUUUUGCUGCUGUGUUGUGGUUUAAAUAGCCUUUUGUGGGCAAGCGUGGGAACCAAGUUUAGAACCUAACCCGUUUUAACACUGAUACCCAGACUCUCUUCUGUUGUAUUUUCUUUAUGCUGCCAUAGAAUUUUCAGUAUUUUAUAGCAGUGCUGUUCAAACCAAUGUUGCUACAAAUGUGAGCUACACAUACAAUUUUAAAUUUUCUAGUAGCCGCAUUAAAUAGGUGAAAAGAAACUGGUGAAAUUCUUUUUAACAAUAUAUUUCAUUUAACACAGUAUGUCUGAAAUAUGGUGUGUAAUUGAUAUAACAUUAUUAAUGAAAUACUUAGCUUUUUUUACAUUACCUCUUAGAAGUCUGGUAGGAAGUUUAUGCUUACAGCACAUCUCAGUUUGAACUAGCCACGUUUCAGGGGCUCACGAACCGAAUGUGGCUAGUGGCUGCCGUAUCAGACAAUGUAGCUCUGUAGGUUUCUUGGUUCAUAAGAAAAAUAGUUGUUUUGUUUUGUUUUUCUUAAGCUAUUGAACUUAGAAGGAGCCCUGAUGGCGCAAUGGUGAAAGUGCUUGGCUGCUAACCGAAAUCUCAGUGAUUGGAACCCACCAGCUGCUCCUUGGGAGAAAGAUGUGGCAGUCUGCUUCCAUAAUCAGACAGCUAAAUGGAGUCUGAGCAGCUGUUCCAUAGAGGCUACUAUAGAAACAGCUACAACAGUAUAACAAGUGCGAGUAGUGAUGAGGAGCUUUUAGAUGGAGCAGGUGUUAUUAUGGACUUUCAGACUUCUGAAGAUGACAAUUUGUUAGACGGUGACACAGCAGUUGGAACUCAUUAUACAAUGACAAAUGGAGGCAGCAUUAACAGCUCUACGCACUUACUGGAUCUUUUAGAUGAACCAAUUCCAGGGGUUGGUACAUAUGAUGAUUUCCACACUAUUGAUUGGGUGCGAGAGAAAUGUAAAGACCGAGAAAGGCAUAGACGGAUCAACAGCAAAAAGAAAGAAUCAGCAUGGGAAAUGACAAAAAGCUUGUACGACGCAUGGUCGGGAUGGCUGGUAGUAACGCUAACAGGAUUGGCGUCAGGAGCGUUGGCUGGAUUAAUAGAUAUUGCUGCUGAUUGGAUGACUGACCUCAAAGAGGGCAUUUGCCUCGGUGCAUUGUGGUAUAAUCACGAACAGUGUUGUUGGGGAUCUAAUGAAACAACAUUUGAAGAGAGGGAUAAGUGUCCACAGUGGAAAACGUGGGCAGAAUUGAUCAUAGGUCAAGCGGAGGGUCCCGGUUCUUACAUCAUGAACUACAUAAUGUACAUCUUCUGGGCCUUGAGUUUUGCCUUUCUCGCAGUUUCGCUAGUAAAGGUGUUUGCUCCAUAUGCUUGUGGCUCUGGAAUUCCAGAGAUUAAAACUAUUUUGAGUGGAUUCAUCAUCAGAGGUUACUUGGGAAAAUGGACUUUAAUGAUUAAAACUAUCACUUUAGUACUGGCCGUGGCAUCAGGUUUGAGUUUAGGGAAAGAAGGCCCUUUGGUACAUGUCGCCUGUUGCUGUGGAAAUAUAUUUUCCUACCUCUUUCCGAAGUAUAGCACAAAUGAAGCUAAAAAAAGGGAGGUGCUCUCAGCUGCCUCGGCUGCAGGCGUUUCUGUGGCUUUUGGUGCACCGAUUGGAGGAGUUCUUUUUAGCCUGGAAGAGGUUAGCUAUUACUUCCCUCUCAAAACUUUAUGGAGAUCGUUUUUUGCUGCUUUAGUGGCUGCGUUUGUUUUGAGAUCCAUCAACCCGUUUGGUAAUAGCCGCCUCGUCCUUUUUUACGUGGAGUAUCAUACACCAUGGUACCUUUUUGAACUGCUGCCUUUUAUUCUCCUAGGGGUAUUUGGAGGGCUUUGGGGAGCCUUUUUCAUUAGGGCAAAUAUUGCCUGGUGUCGUCGACGCAAAUCCACAAAAUUUGGGAAGUACCCCGUUCUUGAAGUCAUUGUGGUCGCAGCCGUGACUGCUGUGAUAGCCUUUCCCAACCCGUACACCAGGCUCAACACCAGUGAACUGAUCAAGGAGCUUUUUACAGACUGUGGUCCCCUGGAAUCCUCCUCCCUUUGUGACUACAGAAACGAUAUGAACGCCAGUAAAAUCGUCGACGAUAUUCCUGAUCGUCCCGCAGGCGUUGGAGUAUAUGCUGCUAUCUGGCAGUUGUGCUUAGCACUCAUGUUCAAAAUCAUAAUGACAGUGUUCACUUUUGGUAUCAAGGUCCCGUCAGGCCUGUUCAUCCCCAGUAUGGCCAUCGGCGCCAUCGCGGGAAGGAUCGUGGGCAUCGCGGUGGAGCAGCUCGCCUACUAUCACCACGACUGGUUUCUCUUUAAGGAGUGGUGCGAGGUCGGGGCCGACUGCAUCACCCCUGGCCUUUACGCCAUGGUCGGCGCUGCUGCCUGCUUAGGUGGUGUGACAAGGAUGACUGUCUCCCUGGUGGUUAUUGUUUUCGAGCUUACUGGAGGCUUGGAAUAUAUCGUCCCACUUAUGGCUGCAGUGAUGACGAGUAAAUGGGUUGGAGAUGCCUUUGGCAGGGAAGGCAUUUAUGAAGCGCACAUCCGAUUAAACGGCUACCCUUUCUUGGACGCAAAAGAAGAAUUCACUCAUACCACCCUGGCUGCUGAUGUCAUGAGGCCUCGAAGGAGCGAUCCGCCCCUGGCGGUGCUGACCCAGGACAAUAUGACGGUGGACGACAUAGAGAACAUGGUCAAUGGGACCAGCUACAAUGGCUUUCCUGUCAUCAUGUCAAGAGAGUCUCAGAGAUUAGUGGGGUUUGCCCUCAGAAGAGACCUGACAAUUGCAAUAGAAAGUGCCAGAAAAAAGCAGGAAGGUAUUGUUGGCAGUUCUCGGGUGUGUUUUGCACAGCACACCCCAUCUCUUCCGGCAGAAAGUCCCCGACCCUUGAAGCUUCGAAGCAUUCUUGACAUGAGCCCUUUUACAGUGACAGAUCACACCCCGAUGGAGAUCGUGGUGGAUAUCUUCCGAAAGCUGGGUCUGAGGCAGUGCCUUGUGACUCACAACGGGAUUGUCUUGGGGAUCAUCACCAAGAAGAACAUAUUAGAGCAUCUCGAGCAAGUAAAGCAUCACGUGGAGCCCUUGACGCCUCCUUGGCAUCAUAACAAAAAAAGAUAUCCUCCGUCAUAUGGCCCAGACGGCAAACCAAGACCCCGCUUCAAUAAUGUUCAACUGAGUCCCACAGAUGAGGAGAGAGACAAAGCUGAGGAGGAGGUUCAUUUGUUGAAUAGCACAACUCUUUAGCCUGAGGGAGUCGCCUACUUUUUUUUCUCCUUAAAAAAAAAAAAAAAAAA